AUGUCUUGGUUCUCCUGGCUCUUCACUCUGAGGCUGUGCUCAGCCCCGUCCCUGCUCCUUGUGGGGCUUUUGGGCAGACAGCUGGGCCUCAGGGUCGGGUUUCAGGUGAUUCACACAGCCACUUGUUCUCGGUGGGGUACAGCGGAUGAUCAGGGUCUGUUCCAGAAAGGAGAUGUAGUUCUGGGUGGACUCUUUAGUCUUUAUUACAAGCCCCCAGCUAUGAACCACGACUUCACCCAGCAGCCACAGAACAAACCUUGCACUGGUUUACAAAAUCUUCCACUACAGUAUGUGUAUGCCAUGGUGUUUGCUCUGGAGGAAAUCAAUCAUAGCACAACCUUGCUGCCAGGUGUGAAGCUGGGCUACCAUAUUCGUGAUAGCUGUGCCCUACCCCUUUGGGCCAUGCAGGGAGCACUGUCACUGGUUGGAGGAGACAACCCCAGCUGUGAUUCAACAGACCCUCCAGACUAUUCUGCAGGGUAUGGAGAGGAAAUCAGAAAAAAGAGAGGUGAUCAGCCUGUUCCUAUGAUCAUUGGUGGUUCCUCGUCUAAAGCAGCCAAGAUACUUUCCAGAAUCCUGGGGCCCCUCUCGAUGAGCUACACAGCCAGCUGCCCCUGCCUGAGUGACAGGCGUCAGUAUCCUAACUUCUUCAGGACCAUGCCCAGUGAUAUUUACCAAGCCCGAGCUAUUGCCCAGCUCGCCAUACGCUUUAAUUGGACUUGGAUCGGAGCAGUGGUAGCAAACAACGAUUACGGCCAUGUGGCAAUAAAGGUAUUUCAGGAGGAGACUCAGGGGGCAGGGGUGUGUCUGGCAUUUGUAAAGACUCUCCAAAGAGAAAGAAUCGUGAGCGACGCCAGACAAGCAGCACUUGCAAUUCAGGCCUCAACUGCAAAAGUGAUUCUGGUCUUUUCCUGGUACACAGAUGUGAGAGAGCUGUUCCUACAACUCGACAAGAUAAAUGUGACUGACAGACAGUUUCUGGCCAGUGAGGCUUGGAGCACCAGUGGUGAUCUCCUUCAACAUCCGGUGACUUCUAAAGUGGCAAAAGGUGUUCUUGGUGUGGCCAUUAGAAGUUCAGCUAUAACUGGUUUUGAAAAUUUUAUCAGAAAUUUGAACCCAAUUCAUCGUCCUAAUGAUACGUUUCUAAGAGAGUUCUGGGAAAAGAUGUUUGGUUGUAGUCCUGAGGCCACAUCACCCUCUACAUACGCCUCUUCAUCAUCGUCUCAUGCAGACAGAUUGCUCCUAAAGGCUUCUCUGCCACCCUGCAGCGGGACAGAGUCCCUGGAGGGAGUUCACAAUCACUUCACUGACAUCUCUCAGCUUAGGGUGACAUAUAAUGUCUACCUUGCUGUUUAUGCUGCAGCCCACGCCCUUCACAUCCUUCUCUCCUGCCCAAACAGAGGCAACUCACCCAGAAACAACAGCUCCACCUGCAGUUCUCCAAAACACAUCAAACCCAUAGAGCUGAUGCAGCACUUGAACAAUAUGAAUUUCACCACACCACAAGGGGAGAAGUUUUACUUCCAAGAGGGCGACACGACAGCAAAGUAUGACCUUGUUAACUGGCAGAACAGCCCUGAGGGGUCACUCAAACUGGUUCUGAUUGGUCGUGUGGACGGGUUUGACCUCCACCUUAAUGAGUCUGCAAUACAGUGGAGCACAGGAUCCAAUCAGGUGCCUGCCUCAGUGUGCAGUGAGAGCUGCCCUCCAGGCACCAGAAAGGCCAACAGGAAAGGAGAACCUCUCUGCUGCUUUGACUGUAUCCCAUGUGCUGAAGGGGAGAUUAGCAAUCAAACUAAUUCCCUUCACUGUGAGCGUUGUCCAUCUGAGUUUUGGUCCAAUGCUGAACAAAAUGCCUGCAUCCCUCGCCAGCUGGACUUCCUCUCCUUUAAUGAAACUUUGGGCAUUACUCUGACGACAGUAGCUGUGUCUGGUGUUGCCGUGACAACAGCAGUGUUUGUGGUUUUCCUUUACUAUCGUCAUACACCGAUGGUGCGAGCCAAUAAUUCAGAGCUGAGCUUCCUGCUUCUCAUGUCGUUGAAGCUCUGCUUCCUCUGCUCGCUGGUGUUCAUCGGCCGUCCAUCAGUCUGGGCCUGUCGGUUCCAGCAGGCAGCUUUUGGGAUCAGCUUUGUACUUUGUGUUUCCUGCCUCCAAGUCAAGACCAUUGUAGUUCUGGCAGCUUUCCGCUCAGCCCGGCCUGGUGCUGGAGCCUUGAUGAAGUGGUUUGGUCCAGGCCAACAGAGAGGAAGUGUCUGUCUCUUUUCCUCUAUACAGGUCGGAGUUUUCAUCUGUGUCAUUUGGCUGUCCCUCAGCCCCCCUGUGCCUCAAGCUGACUUGGACAUCCCGGGGUUAAAGGUCACCCUGGAGUGUGCCAUGGCCUCAGUGGUGGGCUUCUCUCUGGUUCUGGGCUACAUUGGUCUGCUGGCCUGCACCAGUCUUCUCUUGGCCUUUCUUGCUCGCAAACUCCCAGACAACUUCAAUGAGGCCAAACUGAUCACCUUCAGCAUGCUGAUAUUCUGUGCUGUCUGGAUAGCUUUUGUUCCUGCCUAUGUUAGUUCUCCUGGAAAAUAUGCUGUUGCCGUCGAGAUUUUUGCAAUUCUCGCCUCUAGCUAUGGUUUACUUUUCUGUGUCUUUGCUCCAAAGUGUUUCAUCAUUCUUUUGAGGCCAGAGAAGAAUACUAAGAAACACCUAAUGGCCAGGUAG